GACUAAUGCUAAUUAUGUGUGAAUUGAUUGAUAGUAAAAAACCGGUGAAAAACCGUGAAUGCAAUGGAAUUGAAAAUUACGAUUAACAGAAACGAUUUUUGUGUAGGCAUUCUUUUUCCCUUUCAUUUUUAGUAGCGACCAAAUACCAUACCAGGAGAAACAAAAGGCGUUCCACCUCAACCAUGGCGGACAGUAAUCGUCAGCCCUACAAACCCAUUAACCGAAGGAAUUAUUCGUCUUCUUAUUCUUCUUCUUCCCACUCCAAUUACACCAAACCCCGCCGUCCCAAUUACCCCCACCAUUCAAACCCCAACUCCAAUCGCUCUGCAAUUACCUCUUCCAAUAGCAGCAGAAAUUAUACUGAACUUGACAAUCAAGAUUUUCCGACCUUAGUGGGGACUUGCCCUUUCAUGUGCCCAGUGGAGGAGAGGGAGAGGCGAGAGUGGCUGCGGGAUUUGGCUGUUUUCGAGAGGAUCCACGGCGAUCCUGCUAGAACUUCACCCACCCUUGCUGUAAAAAAGUUUUGCAGAACUAUUAGUUCAAAAGACGUGAAAGCUUCUGAUGUUCGGCCCGUCCCCGUAUUGGAGGAAACUCUAGAUUAUCUUCUCAGCUUGCUGCAUUCAAGUGAUCUUCCUUUUGAGGUGGUUCAUGAUUUCAUUUUUGAUAGGAUUAGGUCCAUCAGGCAGGAUCUUAGCAUGCAGAAUGUUGUCAGUGAUCAAGUGAUACACAUGUACGAGAGAAUGGUCAAGUUUCACAUCAUAUCAUAUUACCACCUUCGUAAAUCUGGUGGAACGCCAGCUGCUGCUUCUCUGUCUCACCUCAAUUUGGAACAGCUUAUGAAAGUCUUGACAACUUUAUUUAACUUGUAUGAAGCACAUCGAGCUGCACAUUCUGUGUGCCGAAAUGAAGCUGAGUUUUAUUCAUUUUAUCUUCUUCUCCAUCUGGGAUCUCACAACCAAGGUGAACCUUUAUCUUUGUGGUUUCGCCGCAUUCCCUCAGGAAUCAUGAAAUCAAAAGAGAUUUGUUUUGCGCGGGCACUAUUAAGGUGUUACCGACUAGGGAAUUACAGGCGAUUCAUUAAUAUUACAGAAAAAGAGGCAUCCUUUCUGCAGAAUUGCCUUAUAGAACCUUAUAUCAAUGAGGCACGGGUAUUAGCAUUGUCCUGUAUCAGUUAUGGAGGGUACAAACUGCAACCAUAUCCACUGGUGUACUUGUCCAAGCUUCUGAUGAUGAAGGAAUCAGAGGUUGAAUCUCUUUGCAUUGAUUGUGGCCUUGAAAUAUCUGAUGGUGAAACUGGAAAGGGACUUAUCUCCACCAAGGAAUUGGUAAUAGUUAAACAGUCGAGAGGAUUCCAGAAGUACUAUCCGAUCCAUUCGGAACGUAUAGAAAGACUAUUUACUGAGAUGUCGGAUGUGUGAUUGCGUGAUAAUGAUUUUUUUCCUUGCUCGUCGGGAAAACCUGGCAAGAAAGGCAGAAUUUUGCUAGAAAUUUUCUCAAAUAAAUGGCAUAUUAGACAUGAGCCUUGCCUCUGUUUGCUUCUUGUAGACUUGCGCACAGCAAACAAGUGAUGGCAGAUUGCAUCUUUCUCAUUAGUCCUAAACAUGAACCAAACCCCUCACCGACUGGCGGGUGAUUCAUAUCUAUAAGAAUCUAUGUUCGGUCAGAGAUAUUCAGAAAGAUUGUGCAUCUCUCUUUAAUCUUCAUCAGUCUUCUGUAUGCGUGAAUCUCAGAUGCGUUUGUUGUAACAUGUUUUGUUCAUACGAGUAUAACUUGAUUUGUAGCAUCUUGGUCGAAUGUGCACUUGCUGUGUCACCAAACCAAACCGUUGUAACUUAUCAGAUCAUCAAUUUUUCACUUGCUGUGUAACCAAACUGUUGCAACUUUAUCAUAUCAUCAAAUAUUAUGUUCCAACGCAC